AUGGCUCCUUUACCAAAACAAAGAGUGCAAAUGUCUCGUCCAUUUACAACAACUGGUGUAGAUUUUGCAGGGCCAUUACAAAUUCAAAUAGGUAUACGUCGUAUCACAACAAAAAAGACAUGGAUAGCAGUAUUUAUAUGCUUUGCUACGAGAGCCAUACACUUAGAACCCGUGGUAGGCUUAACGAGCGAAGCAUUCCUUGCAGCCUUACGUAGGUUUAUGGCCAGACGUGGAAAAAGCACCAAGAUUUACAGCGAUAAUGCAACAAAUUCCGUGGGUGUGCAGAAGGAGCUAAAGGCGUACUUAGAAGACAGUGAGAGGUAUAUGGCCAUCGAAGGAGUUCAAUGGCACUUCAAUCCACCAUCGGUGCCACACUUCGGUGGUCUUUGGGAAAAUGCUGUAAAAAGUACAAAGCAUCACCUAUAUAGAGUAAUCAAGGAUAGCCGGCUGAAUCUAGAGGAGUUGCUGACAUUGCUAUGCCAGAUUGAGGCAUGUGUCAACUCACGGCCUAUGACACCGCUAAGUAGUGAUUCAGGAGAACCCAACGCUCUUACACCAGCUCACUUCCUCAUCGGGGGUCCACUGCUCCUACCACAUGAACCUGAAAAUCCAAGUGAGACAGUUAGCAAUCUCCGCCGCUGGAGACACGUUCAAGGAUUAAUGCAGAUAUUCUAG